AUGAAUCCAAUCUUCGAGAUCGACACGACAAAAGCUGCUCGCUAUCCACUCCAGGAAUUUCACGAUUCUACGCUCAAGAAGCUCCUCAAAUACUUCGGCAUCCCAUUCACAGGCGAACUACUCCACUUCGCAGGGAACGACGCGCACUUUGUGCUCAGGGCUCUACUUAUGAUUGCUGUGCGCGAUGCACGGCGAGAGUUGGAGAAUAUCCCAGCGUGGGUGCCGUUGUUCGAGGCAAUUGCGCGGGCGCCGCUACCCCCAAUGCCACUGACGCGCGCACGAAAGGCGGCGAUUAAAAGGUGGGAAAUGAAGAGUCCCGAACAACAGGAGGAAGGAAGAGCUCGAUGUCGGGCAUGA